CGGAAGCGAUGGCAUGAAAACAAACGCGCCCCAUCCCGCUACAGUUGCACCAGUCGCGUGACGUUACAGACAGUUUUGACCGCCCUCCUGCAGCCAUGAUGAAAGCUCUGGGACAAGUUUUGUUCUCAAGUGGACUGCAGAGCCCCAAAUACUCAGAGGAGGAGAAGAAGGGAGAAGACUAUGAGAUUCGUACCUACCAUGCCACCAAAUGGAUGAGCACCACUCUGAGUGGGAUGCAGUUGGAUGCAGCCAUGAACGCUGGCUUCCGCAGGCUCUUCAGCUACAUUCAAGGCAACAAUCACAACAAGGUGAAAGUGGAGAUGACGGCCCCUGUGACGUGCCGCGUGGACCCUGGAGCCGGCCCCACGUGUGAAUCUCAGUUCACUGUGUCUUUCUACAUCCCAGAGGAGCAUCAGGAGAGUCCACCGGAGCCGAGCGACCCGGAGGUGUUUGUGGAGCACAGGAAAGAGUUCACAGCUUAUGUCAGGACGUUCGGUGGGUUCGCCAACGAGAAAAUGAAGCGCGAAGAGCUCCUGAAACUCAUUGAAAGCCUGCAGAGGGACGGUCUCCAAUAUGUCGACAAGCCGUUCUACGCAGCUGGGUACGACAGUCCCUUCAAACUCACCAACCGAAGGAACGAGGUCUGGGUCCUGAAGAAGACACCAGAGUAGGAAGAGUAAAGGUCAUGCAACACUCUGCGCACUCUGUCAAAUAGGCACAUGGUGAAAGAAAGAAAUCUACAUCAUCAUUUGAUAACACUUAGCACAGCACUUCUUCUUAAUGUCUAAAGGGAAUAUAAGUAAUUGCUUUUGUAGAAACGUGAUAAACAAAAUGGAAGUUUUUAAAGGUCACACUGACAUUUUUCCACAUGUUUGACUGUGUGUUUACUUUGACUGAAAGUUACUGAUUUAAACUCACUGAAGGUCUUCACCAAACAAAUAAUAACAGGAGCUAUCAGAGGUCAUUAUAAACAAAUAAACCUUAAGGGAAAACUGGAUACAGUGGACCAAUAUGUCCAGCAGGUGGAGCCAAGUAGUUAAGAAACAUAUCUCUCAUUUGGUGCAUCCUGUCAUGACAGAAACCACAAGUGCCUCUUUAUGUUUUCAUAACUGUUUUUUUUUAAAUGCACUAAUUUGCUGUUGCUUUUUAUGCAGUAGCUCUUAAAGGGUAAUUUCUGUAUCUUUUUCAACCUGGACCCUAUUUUCUUAUGGCUUUGUGUCGAAAUGACUAAUGGGGACAGCAGUUUUUGAAACUGGUCCAGGACUGAGCGAGAGGGCUGCAGCAAUAUAACCACUCACUGUACAUCCAUUAUAAGUGCUUGUUUUUGCCACUGACAGGCUCAGAUUUUUAUUCUAAGUGUCUGACAACAUUAUGGAGAUGGACCUUUUUGUUGAAGAGUAAGAUCAUUUUGUUUUACCAGAAACUGACCCAGAAUCACCAAACCCACGAGGCUCCAUUUAAAUAAACAGUCAUUUUAUCGCUGUUCCAACAAUCACCAUCUGGUUGAAAUAAACCCUUAAUGCAUCCACUUAGAUGACAAAUAUGCUGCCUCUAUACACGCUAAAGUUAACCUUUAUUUAAAGGGAGUCUGGUAGCUGUGGCGACGGCGAUUUCAGGGCCGUUUCUGGUGAAACAAAACAGAUCUUACCCCUUGUACUUAGAAGCCAGUUCAGCUUACCCAGGAUAUCUUUUCGUUAUCUGGUUUGACUAACCUGUCACAUUAGCUGUCUGGAUAACCGGUACUACAAAGCUGGUUAUCAACUAGUUCAGUCAACUCUGGGUUUUCCUAUCCAGCUACGAGAAGAAUGUUCAUGUGAAAGAGGCGGGGGUGGUAAUUACGAGUGACAUCAGAACCAUGAAUGAAGUCGGCUGAAAUGAAACGGUACCAAAAGUGUCUGCGACUAUGAGACAGUAAAAUGUCAGUUGUGUGGGAUGUAAAUGAUUUUCUGUAAUCUUAUGACAUAAAAUGUAAAAAUAUUGAAAAUACUAUCUAAAAAAUUCACCGUUGCCCGAGACUUAAAUUACUUAUUAUUGCUGUGGGCCUACGUGACAUUAGUACAGAGUAUUUUUUGCUAUGUAGUUGGAUGAUGAUGAAUCUACUCUGAAUAUGUCACAUAAAACACUUAAACAUAAUGUCAGACUGUUUCUGCUACUGAAAUAAAGGGUGGAAAAGUAGCCUAAAGUUAGUGACUGAUGAAGUGUAUCUGACCCAAAUGUGGCAUUUAUAAUAACAGGAGCCAGUUAACAGUGUGUGGAUUAUUGUUGUGUCCUAGUUCUCAUCAUGUAGGUAUAUAGCAAUAAAUGGGAUAUUCAUUUUUUUGCCUGAGACUCUGGACUUUGGUCCUUGGAUACUUUUUUCUUCAGUGAUCUGAUUGGUCAGAGGUCGUGGUGUUUAUAGCCUGUGAUCCGAUACUCUGGAGCAUGUUAGCUGUUAAGAAUAAGUUACCUCCCUAACUUCAAAUCCUGCUUCGAAGUACACGCCUAAUGUCUGUCUCUGUAGGGAUCCUUUCCAUAAUGUUGUCCGACAUUUAUAAUAACAAUGUGAGCCUGUCAGUAGCAAAAAAAGCACUUGUAGUGGACAUACAUUAAGGGUGUGAACAUUCCUCGAGGGGUUACAUCGUAGCCUGUUUCGCAGCUGCCGGCCGCAGCGCUCUCACUCAAUACUGGACCCCUUUUUAAAAGUGGUUGUUCCCAUUGGUUACUCAGACCCAAGAUAGGGUAAAGGUUGAAAAAUAUCAACAUUUUCCUUUAAUUAUUUGUGUCUUCAAGAUCACAUUUUUUUUUUUUUUUAGAAAAGUAAAACAUACUCUCUUUUUGUUAGUGCAGCUCAGCAAGGAAACAUUGUUCAUGACAGAGGGGCUUUUAUUUUACAAAAGGACUCAUUUUAAUAUGGACAUUCACUUUACAUGUUGGACUCAGACUGUAGACUUUGUCCCCCCGUCACUGACACUGAGAUCUCCUUUGGACAGGAGGAAUCAUUACAGCCACCGAUCACGCUCUCAGUGUACAGAUGGUGUUGAGAUACGUGUUGAGAUAAACUUGAAGGCAAAAAACGAAGCUGUCCGUUAACUCUGUAGGUCACCUGCAAACACUGACAGCAGGUUCUUCCUCCUGUCAGUCAGUGUUGCUGCUGUGAAGGUGACUCUGACGGCCUGCCUGACAAAAUGUUGGUGGAUCCCCCUUAUCUGAUCUCAGACCUUAAUUCCUGUCACCGCUAUCGCACUCGAUACGGUGAGCAACUGAGCCAUUGUAAAUCUGGAUCAGUCAUACCUGCAUUACUGCAGUCACAACAAAAAACCUUUCCCCUGGUAAACUGAGUGUGUAGUUACAUGCCUGUGUGCUGUUAGGCAGAGAUGUGGACUUGAGUUUCAGUGACACUGUCUUUGGAUAGUCCACCUACAGAUAGUUGAAAUUCACCAAUUCAGCCAUGUCACUUUUUCCAUGUGAGAUUAUUUUUUCAAUUAAUCGACCAGUUGUUUGAUCUAUAAAAUGUCAGAGAAUCGUGAAUGAUGCGAUCAAUGUUUCCCCAAGUCCUCAAAUGUUUUGUUUUGUCCACAACCCAAAGACAUUCAGUUUACUGUCAUAGAGGAGCGAUGAAACAUAGACAACAACAGGAAAUAUUCACAUUUGAGAAGCUGGAAUCAGAUUUGUCUUUUCCUAAAUAAUCACUCAAACUGAUUGUUUUUUUUUAGUUUUGUUUUUUAAGAUAUUUUUUGGGGCAUUUUUAGCCUAUAAUGGAUAGGACAGACAAGUGUGAAAGAGGGAGAGAGAGAGAGAGGGAGUGACGUGCAGCAAAAGGUCACAGGCUGGAGUCGAACCCGGGCCGCUGCGGCAACAGCCUUGUACAUGGGGCGUCUGCUCUACCACUAAGCCACCGACGCCCCACUCAAACUGAUUGUUGAUUACUAAAUUAGUUGGGGAUAUAUCAAACAGGUGACAACUAAUCGAAUUGUCAUUGCAACUGUAGUCUCCAGAUGUUUGAUUGUAGAAUAUGUUAGAUAAUUGACUACAUAUUCCAGAGUAAUCUAGAUCAGUGGUUCCCAACUACUUGAUUUGGCCAUGUCUUUGAGCUAGUUUAUUGUCUCUGUUCAGUAGCUGUCCAUUAGUCACUCACUCCACAGCAGGAAACAGCACUAUAAAAUAAAAGCUCUGUGCUGGAAAUUCACUGUACUUCAAAUAAAGUGUGUUUUUUACAAACUUGACAUGUUUGCAAGUCACUUGCAGUCCAUUCAGAAUGGACCUGCGACCCACUUUUGGACCGCGACCCACCAGUUGGGAACCACUGAUCUAGUGGAAUUUGUUUACUCAACCAAUAGAUCAAAUUCAACUAAAUAAAUAUAAGAACAGUUGGUGAAUUGUCUCCAUUUACUGUACAGAUAAUUUGUUAAACAUCUACAGUAGAAAGUGAAACAGCUGAAUUGUUGAAUCUCAUAAAAUAAGCUUUUGAAUACUCUAAAUAAACUCUAUAAACUAUCUGUAGGUGGACUAUCCAAAUUAAGUGUCACCCAAGUCAGAAAUUUGAAGACGUGAGACUUGACAAAAUCACAACGACUUUUACCUCGACUUGGACUGUAACACCAGUAACUCGGGACUUCAUUAAGACUCGAGCCAUUUGACUUGAAAAUACCUGACACAUUCCUCUAAGCCCAAAGAUUAAA